CGUCUCCUCCAACCUCAGCUCGUCGUCGCGAGCAGCUAGCAACGAUGGACUACUUCAACGGCACCGACUCGCACUGCGGCGGCGCCGCCGGCGCCAUGGGCUCCUACGUCUACAACCUCACCUCCUCCUACGCCGACCAGAAGAACGAGGUGUCCAUCGUCGCCACCUCCCUCGCCAUGCUCCUCCUCGCCGCGCUCCUCCUCGCGUUCGACCUCCUCACCGGCGCCGCCACCUUGCGCCCCGUUGCGCGCCUCGUCCUCUCCGUCUCGCUCUCCCUCUUCCUCCCGGUCACCUCCUACCUCUUCUCCGAGGCCAAGAACGUCCCUGGCGCAGACGGCAGCGGCGAGCUGCCGCUGCGGGCGCGUCUCAUCCUCGCCUGGAUGCUGCUCGUCGAGCUGCUCCGCAAGAAGGCGGAGGGCACGGUGACCGGGACUAAGGGCGCAGGCGGCGGCGGCGGCCCCGCUAGCCGUGCCGGCCGCGUCGCCUUCCUGGGAUACCUCGUCUUCUUCAACAUCCACGGUGCCGGGAGGAAGGCGGUGUUCGGCGCGCUCUGGGUCGUCGCCGCCGCCAAGCUGGUGCAGCGCGUCGCCAUUGCUGAGUUUGUCAAGCGCUCCUUCGCCUUCGGCAAGAACCCGCAGCUUCUCGCGGGCUACAUGCCGCAGACGCUGGAGCAGCACGAGCGGCGCCCGCGGCGAGGCGAGGAGCUCAUGACGAGCUGCAAGUACGCCGUCCAGGGAGAGGAAAAACUGGAGAGAGAGGCUGGCCCGAACGGCUACCUUGUGUACCUGGACAAGGCAGUCGCCGGCGAGGACGCCGUCGUCACCGUGGGCAGAGUCUGGUCGCUCGCCGAGAGUGACCAGCUGCUGGUGUCCAACCCGAAGCUGAAGAGGCUCUGCCUCUCCUACGCGCUCUUCAAGCUGCUUCGUCGCGAGUUCGAGGAAACGGCGCCGUUGACGGCGACCGAGGCAGGCGACUGCCGGGAGCUCAUCUUCCGAGGCCUAUGCAACGACGGCGCCGCCGACAGAGCUACGGCGGCGGCGACACUAUUCCGGGUGAUCCACGACGAGCUCGGGUUCGCCACCGAGUACUACCACUCCGUCCUCCCCGUGAUGCUCGCGAGCCCCUUCUUCCUCCUCGUCAACUACAUCGUCUUCCCCGUCGUCGUGCUCGGCCUCUGCCUCUUGACCGUCGUGCUGUGCGGCAACGGCGACAUCGCCUUCAUCUUCGGCAGCAUCAAGAGGGACAACUACGCCGUGUCGUUCGGGUUGAUGAGGAUGACGAGGUGCCUCCUGAGCAGAGUCCUCCGGUCACCGUCGGCGUUGUUCUCCUCCAUUGACCUCUCCAUCACGUUCCUCCUCUUCCUCACCAUCAUCUACGAGGAGGCGUGGGAGCUCUCCGUCUUCCUCCUCUCCAACUGGUUCACCGUGUCCAUGGUGUGCGACUACGCCGCCAAGCCGCCGAGCAAGCUCCGCCGCGGCACCAUCAUGUGCGUCCAGUGGGUGACGAACAGGAUAGGCCACCGCAACCUCCGGGUCAAGCAGUUCUCCGUGCUCUGGUUCUGCCGGCUCCCGUUCAAGCUGCCUAUGGCGGCCGUGCCGGAGGAGGCGAAGCAGUCCAUCAUGGAGUACCUCGCGGCGUACGAUGGCACCGUAACCCCGCUCAGCGCCGGCAGGUCAGCCGUUGCGAGGAACCCUCUGUGCAGCUCCUCCGGGCUGAUCUCAUCGGCGUGCGAGAGCGACAGCGUCGCCGAGGUGAUACUCACAUGGCACAUCGCCACCAGCCUCCUGGAGGUGAGGUGCCCGCCACAGAAAGAUCAGGCGGCGGCGGCGGCGGCGGUGGCUAGCUCGAGCAUGGUGGCGACGCGGCUGUCCCGGUACUGCGCCUACCUUGUGGCGUUCCACCGGGAGAUGCUCCCCGACGACGUCGACUGCUCGGCGCGCGUGUACCGUGCCAUGACCACCGAUCUCAAGCGGGAGCUGGGGCUGAAGGGCUACUACCUCUCGACGGACGCCACGCGGUACGGCAUGAUGAUGGCUAUCGCCGGCCGCGACGACGGCGACGAGGCGGGGGCGGAGGCGUCGACGGUGGUGCGCAAGGGCGCGAGGCUAGGGAAGGCGCUGAUGGACGAAGCCGCCGGCGACGAGGCGGCCGCGUGGAAGCUUGUGGCCGACGUGUGGACGGAGAUCGUCGUGUACGUGGCGCCGGCGAGGGACGCCGAGCAGGUGAGCGCGCACGAGCAGGCGCUGGCGCGCGGCGGCGAGUUCGUCACCGUGCUCUGGGCUCUCGCCGCGCACACCGGCAUAGCCCGCCCCGCCGCCGCGUGAUGAACUCGUAAUUAAUCCAUCGGCCGGGUGGUCAAGGAUGGUAAUGAUUCGUUUGCAUAUAUGCAUGGCUUGACUAAGUUUGUUGCCGAAAGCAUGUAUACACUCGUUGC